AUGUCUACAGAACCUACAUCAUUUACUGACAAUCAUAUCCAGGCAUCAUUUGAGCCGUCUCUCGACUCCUUUGACGCUUUUGUCGCUGACCUCCACUUGCCAUCAUUGGACUGGUUUGACAUUUAUACUUUUGGUGAGAAUUUGAUGAAUAAUAAUACUAUGUCAUCACAAUCUGUAUUGAUGCCAAACCACAGCUACCAAUAUGAUGACUCGCUGGUCCUCUCCCUCGACGACUUGCUUGCUCAGGACUCGUGGGAAUUCGAUACUGAAAAGGUAGACAACACCAGUAUGCUUGUUAAUAAUAGUAAUAGUGAUAACAACAGCAUCCAUCACGAUGAAGAUGAUGAAGGGUAUCAUAUGUCAUCUAUCAUGAUGAAGGACUUCUUAUCUACUGGUACCGAUGUAUCGCACCAAACACUCUCCUUGACUGAACUCACAAAUGAGUCGGUCUUGGUACGACCACAAGAUGUAAAUGGUAUGUUUGCUCAGGCUGCCUUCACAUCAAAUAAUGUCAGUAUGCCAAUCUCUGAGUCUAUAGCAGACAAGUUGGAUCGAGAGUUCUCUCCAACUUCAGGUAUGCCUGGCUUGACAGAUGCUCCUGAAUCUCCAUCGUCUUGGGAAAUGGACUCGGAUCCGUCGACUCCAUCUUCAUCGUCAUCUCCCUCGUCACCCUCGUCAUCAGCGUCAUCCACAACUGCCACGAAAAAGAUAUCAAAGGCUGAUGUAUACAACAAGUCUGGUGCUGAAUGGGUAAAGGAUCUGGAACGCUCGCCGUCAGACAAGCUAUUUAGGUGCCCUAUUGGCUCGUGCCCAUAUAAAUCUCAUAAAAGGUAUAAUCUAGGAACCCACAUUGACUCGAAACACGCCAACGCAAAACCAUUCCACUGUGAGCAAUGUGACAAGGACUUUUCUCGCAAGUUUGAUAUGCAACGACAUGUUGUUGCUGUGCAUUCUAUAAAGGUGUCGAGAAUACGCAUCCCAAAGGCCAAACGGGACAGGAGGUCUUCGGAAGGCUUGUCGGAUAUAGAGGUUGAUGAAUAUGAAUCCGAUGAACCUCCACGAAGGAAGACACGCUCUAUGGCUAAAGCCCGUGCUUACUGA